UUCGGCGUUAAAAGAUGUCAAGGCGGCCCUGAUGUCAGUGCAUUUUCGACCAUCGAGCGAACAAAAUGCACGCCUGAGCAUCUCGCCAACUGAGACGUCGUCGAUUCACGUAACGUCAUGCAAACAAAUAAUGUUUCGAGUGGACUGAUUUGCGGCGUUGCACUUUAAUUAUUUACGCGCUUAUUUCAAUAAUAAUAAAAGUAAUUAAUAGACAAUGAACAGGGUAACGACAGUGUUGCUUUUUUGUGUGAUUCUGUACGGAAGUAAAGUUACGUUUGCCGAGCAAAAUGAAAAUGACACUAGCGAGGAGGUUGCCGAGGAAGGAGAGGAGCAUGAAGAGAGCUUCGAGGGAGCGUGGACCGGAAACGAGACGGAGGAAGUCACGGUGCCGCUUGAUUCGCACGAGGCAAUGAGCAACGGAAUGCACAAGAGGACACGUGACAAGCGAAGCUACGAGUUCUUGAUGGGGCUGAUCAAUAACAAUUCCAAAUUCGAGGUGACCAAGGUCGAUCCCGAAGCUGCUGUUGCUGCUGCUGCUGCAGCUGCUGCCCCCGUUGCAACGCAAGACGAACGCCUCGUUGAGAAAUCACCGCCACAGCAGGUAACAGGCAAACAAAUAGUAGCAAGCGAAUUACUUCUGGAGCUUAUGGUUAGAAUUGCUGCACAUCCAGAUCAGUGGGAAAAAGUACAUCAAUUGUUACAAAAAAUAGACAAAGACAUCAGUUUAUCCCAAGACAUCUUGGAAGACCUAAAGAAAAACAAGUUGGACCUAAAAGAACAUUUUGGUAAUGAAGAACUUCAUGUCAGCAAAAAAAUAUCGAAACCUCUAGAGUAUUUGACACCACCUAAAGAACAAAAAAUUAAGACAAAUAAAUGGCCAAACUUCGACAUACUAGAAAAGCCUGAAAAUGAAAAGGAAGACAAACCAUUACAAAACGAUUUAAAGCAACUAAAACCGUCAUAUCCAAAGAAUUUUGCGUAUCACAGAGUCACUGGCAAACCUAUUUACCUUAACAACAAAAACGCGAAGGCGUACAUCGCUGUAUCGGUGAUAGCUCCUAAAAUAAAAACGGAAGACGAAGUGGCCCUUGAAAACGAAUUACGCCAACUAAAGCCUUGGUCACACCAGGAAAACGUAAACAACAUGGAAAACUUGAGAUCUAAUUGGUUAAUUCAUCAGAAAGAGAAGAAAAAGGAGAACAUUGAAGGAUUGUAGAUAAUUCGAAUAUAUUGUUUUAGUAUGUAUUUUAACCAAGCUGAUUUUGGAAAUUAAUGUUUCACUGAUUACCAAGCACUAGCAGUAUUAACCGCAACUUUCUGUCAAAAUAGAUAUUAAGUAUCUGUAAGAUAAUAGUUUUUUGUUAAAUGGUGCAGUCGGUUGGAUAUUGAUUUUUUGUGUAUUUAAAUAUAGACAAGUUAUUGUUUGGUAGUAUUUAAAUUGUUUAAAUAUUAGCUUAAGUUUAGCACAUAUAUUAAAUGGAAAAUAUAAACAAUGAAAGGUUCU